CCCCCGGAGGCCCGAUUCGCCGGCUGCGCCGCCCGAUUCGGCGCCGGUUCGGGGGGAUUUUGGUAGGCGUGGCCUGGCUGGCACGGCGGGCGUUGCGUUGCCCGGAGAGGAGGAGGGUUUUUUUUUUUUGGGUCCCCGGCGGUGGAUGGAUGCCGUCGAGCUGCCGCUCCCGGCCAAGGUGGAUUUCGGGAAGAUUUUGAGUUCCGCCGCGGUGGAGGGGCUGGACGGGGGAGCGGGAGCGGGAGGGGGAGGCGCGGCGGGUGGGGAGGUCUUGAGGCGCUGCGCGGAUGCGGAUCGACGGCACGGCGAUGUCAAGCAACAUAAUCAGAAUGCAGAUAGCAUUUCAUCCUACAGAAUUAAAGGGACUUCCUCAGAGGUCUCUAUGCAGAAAUCUCUUGCUCUUGGCAUCAAGUCUGAAAACAAUGGCAAACGGGAUUAUAUCGGAACUGAUACUGGUCAAUCGUUGCAUAAGCAAGAUACCAAAGUAUUGGCCAAAAAGACCAUAAAGUUGGAUGCCCCUCCUUGUUCAAAAAGGCCAAAGCUAGAGCCAGUACAAAUCACCAGAGAGACUGAAUCAAAGGGCCAUGAUUUCUUGUUGCAGAAAAAUGUGCCUGAAUUGAUGCAAUGCACACCAUCUGAAAAAUCUCGUCUGCUGAAGCAGAAGCGCAUUUAUGAUGCAAAGAGAAUUGACAAGAAGAAUUUUAGGUCUGGUGUCAGGUCUAAAUAUGAUUGUUUCACAUCAAGGACCGGUUUAGGAAAUUUCGAUCCUGGCUUGGGAAACAGCACGCUUGGGACACAUGGCCUUAGAUCUGAUAUCCGUGACAUCACAAAUCACAUUGAGAAUCUCUCGUUGAGUGAACUUCUCAAUGGAACUUACAAAUAUUCCAGCUUAGGAAGAGAAAAAGGAAAGAAAGUUUUGCGCACGAAAGAUGAACUUCUAGUAUCUGUCAGAAAAGCUUUUUCCAUGCUAUCUGGCAGGGACUGUAGUUAUAAUAAGGAUCCUAAUAUCCUCCUGAGCCCUAAACUUCCUACAGCAACCAUGUCCAGCUGUGACGGCAAAGACCAAUGUACCGAACCAAUGAAGGGCCCUUCACAAACUGAGGUCUGUGAUUCCACAAUUCAUUGUCCAAAAGAUAUUCUAAACCGUUUAACACUUCCCCAAGGACAUGAUCUGGACUCUCUUUUAUCACCUGCAAGUGAGAGUUCAGCUACAGUUAGGCCUUCUUUACCUUCCGUGACAACUCAUGGAGCUAGUUUGCCACCAUUUCCUUGGUCGCACUCACAAGCGGGAGGUUAUCGACCAGGUGCUGACUGUGGUAAACAUGGGUCGAGUAGGAGUAACUCCCAAUGGCAGUGGGUGAGAGUCGGAACCAAUCUCACUGCUCUAGAUAGUGAAGAUUCAUCUGUGCAUAAAAUUGAUGAUCUUCUUCAAGAAAUGGAUACAGCAAAAACAUCCAUAAUGGAUUCGUAUGGCAAACAAUCUAGUUUAUGCUGCACGGAAUCAACUUCUGGUUCUCUUGGACAAAUUAUUCAAUCAAGAAAAAAGUUGAACGGGCAUAAUUCACAGCAACUAUUUCCCAUGGACAAUGGAGAUUCCUCAGAUGGCUUCCAGAAGCAUGACAGCGAAUCAUUUCUUCUAAGAACACCUCAAGCGUCACCAAAGGUAUUGCAGGCUGCUGAGAUCCUAUGUGAUAUGAGAAGCAGCACAGAUGCUUGGAGUUCCCAGGUAUACAGCAAUGGAACAAUCAAGUGGCCAAAGUCACCUUCUGAGAAGGUGAUGAAGGCCCGCAAACCUUCAUCACCAUUUGGUACAGCCGAGAGCUCAUCCGGAUCUCGGAAUAGUGAUGCAGCUCGUACUGGAAACAAUCACUCCAAAAAAGUAGUUGAUAGGAAGAAUGAUUCUCUACGCAUGAAUAACCCUGGGAAAGGGUCUAUUAGGUGGCCUGUUCCUAUUGAAGAUGGUGCAUCUCCUGUCAAGCCUGAGAGGGGCCUUACGCUUGAUACGAGGCAAAACCAUGGCAAUGCUGCAAGGCAUCCGAUCCAGGUGUCGUCGCAGGCCAAGGAGUACGAGAACCAGCAGAAGCUGAGGAAAGCAACAUUGACCUCAUCUCUAGGAUCUGCAGGAGAUUGGAAUAGGGACAGGAACAAGAGAAUGUGAAUUGUACAUUAUUCCCCUUGGAAACCAUAGUCUGCGAUAUAGAGUCUGGGGGCAGUGUACCCAGACAACUGUUCCAUAAGAGUAACAGAACAUUGGGAGAUGCGAUAAUUUAGGUGGCGGAUGAUGUAUUUAUUGGGCAUUUGUUGGUACAAUUGUUGUAACAAUUGUAGUUCUUUUUACUUGCCAUCUUACCAGAGGUCUCUCCCAGUCUCACCAUCUUCUAUUGUGUAUUAGUAUGUCUCGAUCUACUUUCAGCCAAAGUAAUAAUUGCACGGGGUGGUUAAUUCCAUUGAGGGAAAUAUUCAUGCAAUAUAUUCUGCCUGAUCCAAGUUUA